CCAUGCAAGGCUGAUGCAAGGGACAACAUGCAAGACGAAAGACUCGCAAAACCUUGCGCAACGGCAGAUUAUUACCUCAAGAUUCCUUUUAUUACCUCACCAAGCAUGAGGUACAAAAAUCCUUCAUAUGGAUGCCUAUUUGGAAGCUCCGUGUUUUGCCAGGAAAAUAUGCGCACCUGUUUCGAAACUGCCGCAAUUUUUGUAAACUUGGGCGCGAUUGGCGCGUUAUUUGUCUGGGAUUGUAUUAUUUUGGUAAAAUGGUAUCCCCUGUAUCAUUUACAAUCAAUAAAACAUAAUUAAAUAUUUACAGAACUCUGUUGUAUCGUAUGAUGAGUUACCACGAUUUAUCUGUAUCUGAAGAUUCGGAUGAUGAUGGAUGGUAUGUGCCACUGCUGCAAAGACUGGCACCAUCAGAUGAGUCUGCUGGCAGCAGCUUUCAGGACCCAAUCAGACUGGAAUCUCCUGAAAGGGACCAACCACGCAGCCGUUCGCCGCAUCGAAGCCCGCCACCGGCACUUCCACCGACUCAGAAUGGCGUCAGUAGGCCAGCGGCGACCACCACCUCAGGGCGGCAGCGUGGCGGCGGACGAGGCGCUGCCAGUCGACAGAAGGCGCUGGAAAAAGAACUGAGGCGCGCCGAGACGGCAGCGCGGCGCAUGGAGCGGCCCGAACACUGCCAGAAGUCUCUACACGCGCUGGUGGACCGCCGCGUGCUGGAGGUGCCCGGCGGCGGUCAGCUGCUGGCCGCCCUCCAGGAGAACUCUGACGUCACUGUACACGUCAUCACGGCCGCCCAGCCGGGCACCGUCACCUGGGAGCGGGAAGUGAGCGGCUGCCUCGAGCGCGAUGGACAGGCGGUAACCACCACUCGGCGGGAGUCUCAGGACCACCUAGUAGCUGUCAUAGAGGCUGCCACGCUGGCCUCACUGGUCCAGACCGGUCAACAAACAGUGUCGGGUGGGCGGGGGCUGACCGAGACAAUGCUCCAGCUGGGCAGGGAGACCGGCAAAAAGGUCACCAUACUCUGCUGGGAUCUGGACAAGCUCUGCAGGACGAAGAAGGUGACCGGCAGUUACGGUCGCGCGGCGGCGGGCGGCGGCGGCGGGCGCAGACUGGAGCGUCUCCAACUGGAGGACGCUGUGGUGGACUCACUGCUGGAGACUCCCCACUCGCUACGGAUCGUCACAACACCGGCCGACGGCGGCGUCUUUCUAGCUCAGAUGACCAAAGCCAUAGCUGAGGAGCCGUUCAAGCGCCAGCGCGGCCGUCACCCGUUCGCGUGGUUCGCUGACGCCGACUCGGCCCGCCCGGUGAAGGUGGACGCCUCCCUGCGCGGACUGAGACGACUGUGGACGGAACAGCUGCGUCCCCUGUGUGGGGGCUCCCUGGAGACGGCCCAGGCCGUCGGAGAGGCCUACCCGAGCCCGCAGGCGCUGCUUCAGGGGUUCGCGUCGUGCGCGUCUGUCGAGCAGCGCGAGCGGCUGGUGGCGGAUCUGACUGUGCGCAGGUCGGUCGGACCGCUGGUAUCGUCACGGCGGGUUGGAAACGAGACCAGCCGACGACUUUAUGCGGCCAUGACCGCCACCGACGGCGACCUGGAGCUGUGACGUCAUGGGUGUGAGAAGUGACGUCACCAGCGGGCGAGAAGUGACGUCAUCAGUACAGUGAGGCCAUCAGCGGGAGGUGGGGAUAGCGCACAGCACAGCAUUCCAUGUACAUAUUUCAAGUCAUUUUUGUGUAAAAUAAAUGUUUUGCAAUCUGUA